GAGCCUUCUGUUUCCCCGGAAAGCCACUCGUAUACCAAACUAUGGAGUGAUUGUUCCAGAGUAUAGAGGAAAGAGUUCAGUGUGUUAAACAUGGCGCUAACUUGGAAUCCUCAAAAGAAGCACAGUGAUUUGGAGAGGUGGGUGUGUAUUUACCCAGUUUACAUAAACAGUAAGAAAACAUUGGCUCAAGGUCGCAAACUAGCAAAGGACAAAUGUGUUGAAAAUCCGACUCAUCAGGAGAUUCGUGAUGUUCUGUCAGCGGCAGGACUUAGAGUAGGAGUAGAGAAUAAACUACAUCCAAGAGAGCGAAGCAAGGAAUUAUUGUUUCGAGGUCGCAUACGAGUUCACCUUAAGAACGAUGACGGUACACCGGUUCAACCAAAUUUUCCCACGAGAGAUUCUGUUCUUUUACAUUUGGGCACAACUAUUCCUAAGUUGAAGGUUCGUCAGACUAGACAAGCAUCGGGUGAUCAGUCUUCCCAGCAGUCCUCAUCUUCAACUAAAAAAGGAAAAGGAAAGGGGCGUAGAUGAAGUUACAUGUUGAUACAUAACUGCCUUGGAAUAAAGUUUUAUGCCAUUCUUU